AUCAAUAGACCAAGUCAUCUAAAGUUCUCAGUCAUGUCUUCCAAGCGUAUCAUCCUCGUCACCGGAGCCAACACCGGCAUCGGCUACGAAACAGUCAAAGCCCUGCUGCAAUCCGACAAGGUGUACCACAUGAUUAUCGGAUCCAGGUCCAUUGAAAAAGGCGAAUCUGCUGUUGCCGAGCUCACUAAGGAAUUUCCAUCCACCGCGAGCUCUUUGGAGGUUAUCCAAGUGGAUGUAGCGGAUGAUGAUUCAAUCCUCAGUGCUUUCAAGAGUGUCAAGGAGAAGCACGGGCUGCUCGAUGUUCUAGUUAACAACGCUGGCGCCUCUCAUGAUUUUGGACCUCACAACUACAACCCCGAGGACAUCAAAGCCAUUCGCCAAAACAUGAACAAGUCAUACGACGUCAACACAUCCGGAACCCACGUCAUAACCCACGUCUUUGCCCCUCUCCUCAUCAAAUCCUCCGAUCCCCGCCUUCUCUUCGUCACCAGCGGACUAUCCACUCUCAACGGCAUCGAAAACACCGGCCUCCUCCCGUUUCAACCAGGGACCGUCACGGCUGGCGGUUGGCCCAAACCCUUCACCCCUCAGGCCGGGUACCGGUCUAGCAAGGCUGCGUUGAACAUGGUCAUGCAGAACUGGCAUUGGCUUCUCAAGGCAGACGGAGUCAAGGUGUGGUGCAUCUCCCCCGGUUUCUUGGCUACGGGGUUGGGUGGAAAUCCGGAUUUGCUGAAGAAGAUGGGUGCAGGUGAACCGAGCCAGGGAGGCAGCCUGAUUAAACAGGUGGUUGAGGGUGAACGGGAUGCUGAUGUUGGCAAGGUUGUGAACAAGGAUGGUAUCCAGCCUUGGUAGUCAGGAAGGAAGACUGAUUGAUACCAAGAGGCCGAGAACAUAGCCAUGGAUAACAAGCAGGGCUUCUUCUUAGAGAACUCUAGGAAAGGCUUGACGUGAUAUCCAGUACACCGACAAUACACCGGAUUAUCGAUGUUGAUUCCAUC